UAAGCUUACUCUCAGCUCGACCCUUGUACUUCACUGACGAGCGUCUGCUAUAGGCUGCGACGAUACGACCGCCAUGGUCCAGUCGGGCAAAAUCGCCGAGAUGCUGAAGUCAUGAGCGCCAUGCACCGCUCAAGAACACGAGUCUUCGCCUAUAUCGACGAUUACAUACUACCCGACGCUCUUGUUACCCUAGAUGGCAAUGCGCUAGACAACCUAUUGAACAUCGUUGCUACGCUUGACGACACGUUUUUGCGCCUCCUCGCCUCCGACCUUCGAGGAGCUCGCGCGUUCCGAGGGAAGAGGGAGGGAAGUCUUCCAUGGAAUCUCUCCGUCGAUGACGAACAGCCGGACCCGCUGAGCUUCUUCGUGCCCGGUAUGCGGUCGACGACCAGGGGCGGGCCACAUAAGCACCGCUUGUUCGCGGCGAGCUUAGCGCGAGUUACGUUAGACGCCGGGUGGCGCGUGGCUUCCACGUCCAUGCCAACUUCGCCCACUAACCAUCUUCGAGCUAUAGCUGCCCCCGAGGCGCGUGGUCGCACAUCAUCAGCAAGCUCGCAGACGCGUACGCGCGCACUAACCGACACUACGCGCAUACUUCUGAUGGCCUCAAGACGAUGUUCAGGGCAGUCAACUGCUGAGUCAGGGCGCGCUUUACUCUUCUGAGUGAAUGCCUGCUCUCCUCGUCUGGCGUGUUCUCGCCUAGUCUCUGACCAUACGGCGUCGUUCCU